GGUCUAGGGGCGGCGGGCGGCAGGCUGCGGCCACGGCGUCGGAGGUCCCUGCGCGAUGGCCGCCUCGGUGUUCUGCUGCCUGCGGUGCUGUAGAGACGGCGGGACGGGCCACAUCCCUCUGAAGGAGAUGCCGGCCGUGCAGCUGGACACGCAGCACAUGGGAACAGAUGUUGUCAUUGUGAAAAAUGGGAGAAGAAUAUGUGGAACAGGAGGUUGUUUAGCCAGUGCACCUUUACAUCAAAACAAAAGCUACUUUGAAUUCAAAAUCCAGUCCACAGGAAUCUGGGGUAUUGGCGUUGCAACUCAGAAGGUUAACUUGAAUCAGAUUCCUCUCGGCCGAGAUGUGCACAGUCUGGUGAUGAGAAAUGAUGGAGCCCUGUACCACAACAACGAGGAGAAAAAUAGACUGCCAGCAAACAGCCUUCCACAGGAGGGAGACGUUGUGGGUAUUACAUAUGACCAUGUAGAAUUAAAUGUAUAUUUGAAUGGAAAAAACAUGCAUUGUCCGGCAUCAGGUAUACGAGGGACAGUGUAUCCAGUUGUUUAUGUUGAUGACAGUGCAAUUUUGGAUUGCCAGUUCAGUGAAUUUUAUCAUAUUCCUCCGCCUGGUUUUGAAAAAAUAUUAUUUGAACAGCAAAUCUUCUGAAUGUAUUUGUUUUUGAAACUUGUAUUUCUGCACUGUUAAAAGUGUUUACCAUUUAAUAAAACUUUACCUGACCUUUAGAUGAAAAUAUAUUCUUAAAAAUAUGCUUGUUAAUGUUGUUUAAGGAACCAGUGUAUUCAAUAUACCACCCAGAAGUUGUGAUUUAAAAUACUUAUGUUUUGUGAUAUGAAAUCAGCAUUUUGGGCAGUUUAUUUAAUUCUUAUUUAAAUAAUAUAACUAUGGGUUUGAUUAGCAAUAUUAAGUGGAAAUAUGUAUAUUGAUAUUUAAAAGGGAAUCUUUCUUACAUAAAAUAUUUUUUUGAUAGAGAUGUAGAGUUGGGUGGGCUUUUUGUCAUUCUUAAGUUUAGACCUCAUUACCUAUUUUAAGUCUGCAGUUCAAUAAUUUUGUGGCUCCAUUUCCUUUUUUAUAUAAAGCAAAACAAAGUGACAGAAAUUUAUAUUAUUUUCAACUUCUUUUUUGGCGAUUUAUUUACUGCAAAAUGUGCCACUUCAAAUUUAAAUAGCUUAUUUUGUUUGUAUGUCAUUGCUUUUGAUUUGCUUUGUGAAAGGAGAUAAGUGUCUUAGUAAUGGUCAGAGUGUUUUGUUGGAGACCAUCGUGCUGUGUUACUUCAGUCCCAGGGGUAGGUAGUGGUUUUGUGGUGAGGUAGCAUACACUGGCAGACGUGCAGAAUAGUCUGAUGCUUUAAACUUAAACGUAAAUGGGAUUAUUCUUUUGAGGACUUUUAUUUAAAGGUGUGUUUUUCUAUAAAGAAUAAUAAAAUAAUAGUAAUUAAGGAGUAUCCAGUACUAUAUUAAACACCUGUUUUUCCUGUUUUGUUAAUUAUACAGUAAAUUCACUUCACCCUGGAUUAUUUCAGAAGUUCAGAGAUAGGUGAAUCCUCUCCAUGACCCUGAGCCUUUGCCUAGUUUUCAGUAAGAAUUGCUGUCCUUAAGUUAGCACCCUGCUAACCUGAAGUAAUUACUGUACACAUCUUUGGUACAGGCCCUUUUCAAAUGAGCAUGCCAGAGAUGCAUACGUGUCACUCCUCUAUCAACAGGGAGCAGUAGGUUGUACUGGAAAAACAUGGCAUUAGAAUGGAAGGAGAUCUGAGUUGUAGUUUUGCCACCUAAUCCCAUUAUCUCCUCAGGCAGGUUCUCAGUCUCUCUGAGCCCAGAUUCCCUAUUUAUAAAAGGGAUAAUCAUACUUACUUGAUAAGAUUCUGUAAACUAGUUAAUAGGUAAUAUAUGUAAAACACCCUCAUCAUCGUUGGCCCUUAAUAUAUGUGUAUUCCUUAUUGACUCUAAAGCAGUGGUUUUCAGCAUCAGCAUCACCUGGGAACUUGUUAGAAAUGGAUGUUCUCAGGCCCCACCCCAGACCCGCUAAAUCAGAAACUGCUAGGGAUAGUGCCCAGGAAUCUGUGUUUGAACAAGCCCUGCAGGUGAUUCUGAUACAUGCUGAAGUUUGAGGACCACUGCUCAGGAGAGAAUUCUUUGAGAAUGAUUGCCUACUGUAAAUUUCCUAAGGAUUUAAGCCAGACUGUUUUUGACCCAUGGACAAGAGAAUCCUGCACAAUAUUUAUUUAUUGUUUAUUUGGUUGACAAAAACAUGACAAUGUGCUUUGAAAACAUACAUAUACUUCUGUAACAUUUGUUUACAUAAAUCUCAAACUUUACUUCUGAAGAUAUAUAGAACUGAACUAACUGUAUAUUACUUAUGCAUUUUUGUCUGACUUUCUGUCCUAAUUUUAAUUCAUAAAGAACAUGCUUACUUGGGAGAGCAAAUUAAAAUUACUGUUUGCUGUCUUUAAAAUGUUGUCUACCUCUUAGUUAUUUUUUUAAAAGCUAACCUUUGCUUUUCAUUACAUUCUUUUCUCAAGACUAUCUUUUCUAUCUCUAAUCAUACAGAAUUGGCACCAUACUAAAAAUCAUACAUGAGUUGUGUCCAUGGACAGUUUGAUGAAGUCCAGAUGUGUUUUUAAUCUGUAGGUGUCUAAUGCCUCUUAGGAAAAUUACCUCCCUGAAACCUAUAAUCUCAGUCUAAUCUUGAGAAAAACACCUGACAAAUUCCAGUAAAGGGGCAUCCUACAAAAUACUUGAGUGGUUCUCCUCCAUACUGUCAAAGUCAUCAAAAACAAGGAAAUUCAGAGAAACUGUCACACCUAAGAGGAGACCAAGGAGACAUGACAAGUAAAUAUAAUGUUGAAUCCAGGAACAGAAGAAAGACAUUAGGUUAAAAACUAAGGAAAUCUGAUAAACUAUGGACUUUAGUUAAUAAUAAUAUGUCAAUAUUUGUUUAUUAGUUGUAACAAAUGUACCAUAUAAGAUGUUAACAGAAGAAACUGGGAGAGGGGAUAUGCGGAAACUCUCUGUACUGUCUUAAUUUUUCUGUAAUCCAAACUGUUCUAAAAAAUAAAGUCUAUUAAAAAAUUACAUUGA